AAAGUACGCGCAACGUCUAUAGAGUAGAAGUAUUUGCUGAUUAACCGAAGCAAAGCGAGUGACGCGCUCAACAAAUGGGGAUUUGCAGCUCAUUAGAAUUCACAAUGGCAAUUCCAUCAAAUAUUUAUCGGUUUUGGUUGUUUUUACUGAUCGCAAAAGUAUACGCCGCGUUGGCCACGCCAGUGGCAAAUGGAAAUGCAGCAUACGAGCAGACAGCAGCGGAAAAUUCGAACGGGCAGAGCAAGCUAAGCAACUACUUCUUGCACGAUCCAUACGGUCCCAAUACCUAUGCCUUUGGCUACGAGCUGGAGGACGCACCGUCUGGCAACAUUCAGUUUCGGGAUGAGCGACGCUACUUGAAUGGCAGCAUUGAGGGCAGCUAUGGCUACGUGCGACCCGAUGGCCUCAUCCAGGUGACGCGCUACAGAGCAGACGGGGACAGCGGUUAUUUGGCAUACUCCCAGAGCUAUGCACCGGGCGAUGAGCCGAUGGACGCCGUUUGGCCAACGAAACGUCCGGAUAUAUUCAAGACACAGCACGCGAUGCAGCCGGCUGCAAAUGUGAGCUGGGAUGCCAAGAGUCAUUUGAAUGUGAGCGUGGAUCAAGUGCAGCACGAGGUGGCCAAGCAGCUAAAGGAGCAGCAUGGCCUGGACUUGAAUCACAUCGAUGUCGAGCAGGAUGUGCUGCAGCCGGCUGUGCUCGACAUCGUCAAUGGCAAGGCACCCCUGGUAAGCCAGCCCAAUGGCAGUUUGGCCUUCGAGACGUUGCACAAUUUCAUCGACGAGGAUUUGCCCCUGGUGCCGUUCGAGCUGCCAGCCGAGCAGCUGCUGGACCAGAGCCAGAGCAAAUACAACAAAGCCAAGACCAAUAACGAUGAGAAGGCGCCGCAGACGGCAGCAAGUACUGCUGCUGCUCCUGCUGACUCUAGCACCACAUUGCCCACGCCCCAGCCACUGAUAGUGAACGAUGGGGCCAAUGCAAGCAGCUGGUACCAGCGAAUCAUUCAGGCGAAUCGUCGCGAGUUUCUUGAGCAUUUACCAAAUUUGAAUCAAGCUGAAAAUGUAUCAUAAAUGCGGCUGCUCCACUGUAGCCAACAGCAUUGCCGACACGCCCCUUUGCAGCGUCUAAUAAGCAUUAGUGCACAUUUAUUGUUGUCCGUCGUGCAUUCACUUUUAUUGCGGAGAAAUGAUUUAUAAAUGCUUUGACUACACUCACAGCAAGCUAAUGAAUGAUUGAUGGCUGCCUAAUUAUGAAGAGCUAACCAUAUCCAUGCUAAUGCCUAGUUUUAAUGCUUAUUAGAUAGAUUUCGGAUAUAUCCCAUAUAUGUAUAAAUAAAUAUA